AUGUGUAUUCAAAUAUAUACUGAGGCGUAUGCUGAGGUGUCUCCUGAGGUGUCGCCUGCGGUGUCUCCGGAGGUGCCGCGUGGGGUGUCUCCUGAGGUGUCUCCUGAGGUGUCUCCUGAGGUGUCUCCUGCGGUGUCUCCUGCGGUGUCUCCUGAGGUGUCUCCUGCGGUGUCUCCUGCGGUGUCUCCUGAGGUGUAUCUUGAAGCCGGGCUCUGCGUGCUGGUGCUCUCAGUGUUGGCUGCCCCCCGGGAGGCUCGAGCUCUGGAGAGUGCACAGAGUUUGAUAGAGCGGCAGAAGGCGCGUAUAGAGGAGCUGACGGAGACAGUGUUGCUGCUGCAGCAGGGGCGAGGAGACAAAGAGCAGCGGCUGCAGGCAGACCUGGAGAGUUAUGUACACGAGAACCAAAGACUGCGGCUGCAACUAGACAGCCUCAAGGGGGAGCUGGAGGCCUUAGAGCAGCUACGAAGAAAAGGAGACAAUGACGUGCAAACCCUCGUGGAGACAGUUGCUGCAGCAGAGAAGGGAAUCGCAGAGAGAGACGCCCUCAUCAGGCGCCUCCAGAGCAUGGACAAGACAAAGGAGAAUGAAAGGCUCAAAGAGGAGCAGCAGCGGCUGCUGCACCGCCUCAACAAACUGCAGAAGCUCGUGGGGACGACGGGAGAGGGAGAGGCCGACGGCAGGACCCCUCAAGACCUGGCUGGGGACCUGGUGCGGGUCCAGCGAGACAUUGAGCUCCAUCGCGGCACCACGCGGCAACUGGGAAACACCCUUGAAGAGCUCAGGGUUUCAAAGAUGUGCCUCGUACAAUCAGAAGCGAAUCUGCUGGAGGGCCAGAAACUGAUAGAAGAACAACGCGCCGAGAUACAGCGUCUGUACAAAAUAGUGGAGGCAUUGAAUCGAGAGAAAGCUUUGGUGCCGCCUGUGGUGCUGACUCUGCCUAAGCAUCUGCGCGGGGCUGGGGAGGCGCAGCUGGAGGCCCUGUCUAACAAAAUGGGGCUUAUACUACAAGCCCUGGACCGGGAGAGACAGAUGACACCGGAAGAAGACAGAGAAGACAGAACGUCGCUCGCCCUGGUGCAGCAACGCAUAGUUCUUGAGGGCUUCGAUCGUAUGGACGAGCGUUUCUGGGGGAGAGGGGACCUAUGGAGAACAGACGGGUCUUUCUUCUACUCGGGGACGGUGCUGCAUGCGGUGAUAGACGUUGAUGACGAUGAAGCGGAUUACCGAGAAAAGUUAGACGAUGAGCCAACGACAGUUCUCCGUCCCCACAAGAUGCAUAACUUGUCUAUAGACCCCAACGCGCUGCAGAUUAGGCUUUUGUAUGAGCCCUGCCUCGGCCGGACGGAGACACACCUCAUCAAACUCAUGACUGAAGAUGAGCUCAACAGGUGGAGCCACGGCCUGGCUUACGGGGGCUUCUUGCGGGCUAUGCCAGCAGCUGCGCCCCAACCGCCACCUUCGGCCCCUCCCUCCAGCCGCCCCCUCUCAGUUCGUGAAGAGGAAGUCCUAGUUAGUGUGUCUGUGCCGGAGGGACACGACUCCUUUGACGAUCCCUUGCUCGUUGGUUACUAUGUCCAUGAACAGAGACUUGCAUUCCAUCACCUUCAAGGCCCAGAGGUUUCUGUCACUGUUAGCACACAGGAGAAGUUUUUCCCCGAACUCGCAGCAGUGGCGGGAGCAGGCAAGUACUACCAGCCACCUGCCAAAGAGACGCCGCUCCCGACGCCCAAGCCGUCUGAAAAGAAAGAGGAAGAACCCAGUCCCCCGGAAGAAGACGAGGUUUUUGUUGUUCGAGAUGGUUAUUUGAUGCUCUUUGAGAAGGCAGGGGACCCACAGCCCAUCCUGAAGCUGCACAACGCCGACUGUGUGACGCUUGCCGACGCAACGAACAGGGAAUUUGUUAUUACCCACAAACCUGGAACCCCAGAGGAAGAAACCUACGUCUUCUCCUUUCCUACUGACGAAGUAUACCAAGGGUGGUACAAGAAGCUGGAAGAAAAUGGGUUCCUCAGGCGCAAAGGGGACCAGCGUGGCAGGACGGCGAACCAAGUGGGAGUGGUCUCAAAGGGGUGCCUCGAACUCUACAAGGACUACGGGGCUCCUCAGGCCAAGCCAGUCAUCACGCUUAUGGCCAAUCGCUGCAGUGCCACGGCCAGUCGAGAGCGACGAGAAAUAAGAAUAAUUCACACUAGCCCCUCAGGGAAACGAGAAAGAAUUACUCUUGACUGCGCAAGCUUGGCGGAGUUUGACAGGUGGAACGUGGCUCUACAUUUCGGCAAUUUCCUCAAGGGCGAAGACAUACAGGGCACGGGUUCCCAAGCCUAUGCCAACCUAUCCAAAUACGUAUUCCCUAUAAACAUGUUUGAAGAUGCAUCGGGGAGAAGGUCGGCGCUUCUGAUUGAAAACAGGAUGAUAAUGCUCUUCACUUCUCCCGAUGCGACGGAUCCGAUAUUGUGUUUCCCCGCUAACGAGUGCGAAGUGCAGCCCAUCAUCGCCCAGCGGAAGCUCCGGGUGUAUGUAAACAGGAACACGAAGAAGGAACAACGCAUAGACUUCAUUCUGCCACUUGCUAAAGAUCUAGACAGAUAUGCUGCUGCAUGCCAGAGGGACUCUUUCCCGGAGGCGGUUGUGGGCAAGCAGGUGGAAAAGCUGAGCAUCCCGAAGGGACUCAUGGCCGUUUACAAGAGCAAGUUUCACACCCAUGCAGACGUAACGUUGGAGGUGGCUAAGUACACUUUCUCUGAGGAGGCAUCGACAUACAUCUUCACGAAUCUGGACGGGAAGGAGCCUCCCAGGAAGGUAACUGUGGUAUCUCCAGACUCGCGACAGAGGUGGGAGUUUGCCUUGAGACUGACGGGAUUUAAGCCAUUUUCUACAGUGCAGCUUCCGCGUUUUUUCCUUCCUCAGAUAAUCUACGGCUUUGUUACAGAAGAGGCCUCCGAACUAAGGAAGGAGGGGCUCCUGGGCAACGCGAGAGCUGCUUGGGGGCUGCUGAACAUGCAAAGAGAAUCCCGAGUUUCUGCCGGGCAGAUGGACCAGCAGUCACACCAUUCGCAGCCCCGCAGCGACUCCGGCAGCCGCUAG